UGUGAUAUUUUCGGUCUGCACUCGUUUGGAGAGCAGUAGUGCGUAAUUCUUUGAGGCCACCGAAGGAUUUGAUGUGCUACGGAGUUGCCGAUUCUUCGGCUAAAACAGGAGGAUAAUGUGCACCGACUGCGUACAAAAAGAAUACCCUGACAGGGGCAACACUUGUCUGGAGAGCGGCUCCUACCUGAUGAACUAUGUCGGCUGUGCCAAGUGCCACCAGCGGGAUUUUGUGCUUAUCAGCAACAAGGCCACUGAAGAUGAGGAUGGAGAGGAGAUCGUCACUUAUGACCAUGUGUGCAAAAAUUGUGAUCACAUAAUAGCCAGACAUGAGUACACCUUUUCUGUUGUGGAUGAUUAUCAGGAAUAUACCAUGUUGUGCCUUCUGUGUGGAAAAGCAGAGGAUUCUAUCAGUGUGCUACCAGAUGACCCAAGACAGACCACACCACUAUUCUAGAAGAUGGAAUACACCACAGACCAUCUUUUCUGGAAUAAAACUUUGUGUGAUGGGAACAAAGGGAUGGCUCAAAUGCUGCUGUGUAUUCUUCUGGAACACGGUUUAAUGCACGCAUGUAUUUUCUUACAAGAGUAUAACUUCAAAUGCAUAACUUCUCUACAAUUGAGGACUGAAUUGCUAGUUGCACCUGCCUAUUUGUAUGGAAUUUGACUUUGUAAUACUGCUUUGUUACUUGCUUUUCAGAGGCAAUACUCCAGGUUACACAGCUGGAUUUGUAUUUUAAAUACCAAAAUUGCAUGAUCAUCUGCUUCAAACUGAUUUUAAACAUGUUGCUAUUGAAAAGGGUUGAUGUGGAAAUGAACUGAGACUCUGUCCAAUGUUCAGUCAUUCCAUUUACAGUGUUGCUUGAAAGUAUAAUAUAUAGGGAUGGUUAUUAUUCUUGUAUAAAAUAUUAAAGCUAUAAAAUGAUUUACACACCUGAUUCUACUUACCUCCUUGCUUUAACCAAUGCCACUUGGGUUCACUUAUUUUUGCA